GAUUCAUAAUACAUAUUUCAUAACAAAAGUAAUGUGUAUUGCUAUUGUGUGUGUUUUGUUAGCGACCUGAUUUUUUUUUUAUGUUUAACCUAUAUUAACUCAUCACAAUGUGUUGUAGAGUACUAUUUUAAACGAAAUUCAUCUAAUAAUAAACAUAAUAUAAUGGCUUCAUUUAUCAACCACAAAAACGACACUACGGUUACUGUAGAAGAAGCAAUUACAAAAGACAGUGUUACAUAUUAUAAAAUAAUCGUUAAAGUUAGUUUUGUGCAGUGGGAUGUAUGGCAUCGGUACAGUGAUUUUGUAGAGCUUCACGACAAACUUGUCAACAAUUACGGCGUAGGUAAAGAUUUACUUCCGCCCAAGAAGGUCAUCAGAAAUAAGACACCAAAGUUCGUGGAAAUAAGACGGGAAGCCCUCAAUGAAUAUCUUAAGAAUGUAUUCAGUUAUCUGAGCCUAACACUACCUUCUGAGUUUGCUCAUUUCUUAGACUUCCAUCUAUAUGAUAUAUUUUUCUUGCUGCAAGACCUUGCUACAAAGUUAUUUUUAGAGGGUGAUAAACUGUUGCAAACUGAAAAGUCACACAAAUUUACACCUUUACAGUUACAUGCAAUUAGUGAAAGAUUUAAAAUGGCCUGCCCGCCAACAGAGCGACAAGAUCAGAUGUAUGACUUCAGCCACAUCCUAGACUUUUGUUCUCAAGUGCGUUCACUGAGUGUCGAGGGUAGUUAUGAAAAGCUCGGCACCAGUAAUAUAGUACCCAAUGAGCUCAAGUUUGAUCUAAUACCAUUUAAGUCGCUGAUGGAUCUAAAGAUUCUCGGUGUGCCAAUGGCUUGUAUUCAAAGUGUGGGUAGUCUCCGGGAUUCCCUGGGAACUCUAUCCGUGGUGAUUGCGUCUGUGUCGUCGCUCAACGAGUUUUUGCUGGUCGAUGUGCUGCAUAAAGAUCCCAAUAGCAUCACCGAUUCAAUGAUGUGGAAAAAGUUGUCAACGAUAAAUUUCUCCAGUAAUAACAUUAACAAGGUUGACUGGGCGAUACGGCUCGUCCCCAAGCUGCAGCAUCUCAAUCUCUCUUCCAACAAGCUCACCGAGCUGUGCGACAUCUCCUGCCUUCACGAACUGAAGAUGCUCAACCUAUCAAUGAACAGGUUCUCAAUCUGCAACAACUGGCACGAGAAAAUCGGCAACAUCGUCAAAAUAGACCUAUCCCAGAACAAGGUUGAGUCUCUACAGGGUUUCUCUAGAUUGUUUUCUUUGGAGAGUUUAGAUUUAAGCUGUAAUUUGAUAGCUGACAUUGAAGAAGUCCAGCAUAUUUGUAGGUUACCAUGCUUAGAGUAUCUCUGGCUCACGGCCAACCCCGUCGCUACUUCCAUAGACUAUAGAGUGAAAGUCUUAGAGCAAUUCAAUGAUAGGAUGUCCGAGAUAUGUUUGGACAAUGAAAAUGCAUCCAAUAAAGAAUUGGAUACGGCUCGAGUAUUGCAGGCUUUGAGGGUGGUCAAAGAGGGAAAACUGCCGAGCUUUUUGGAAAAUAAUAAUACAACACACAGCUUUAAGAGAUGACUACUAUGAAACAAAUUGAUGCCUAAGUAUUGUUGAUGCUUUAUAAUAUGCAAUAAUAUUAUUAUUUUUUUAUUUGAAUUGAUUGUUAGUUCAUUUGACUUUGAUUUAACUUGCUUUUUGCAAUUAUUAUAGAAGAAAUUAUUUGACAAAGAUGAUAUACCAGAUGAGUAUCAUUAUCUAGUGUAAGUUUAAAUAAACCAGAAUUUGACUUAGGUGAUAAAAUAUGUCAUUGUUAAUCGUAAGAAGCCUUUUUUAAUUGUUUUGUAUUUUCUGUUUGUUUGGAGGGUAGAAGUAAAAAAAAACCUUUUCUGUGUAACCUAGAGUUAAAAUGGGAAUAUCAAGAUGGCACUAAACCAUAUUGGGUGUUUUUUCAAUGUGGUCUACAAAAUAACGAUAUAAUAUCAUUUGUUUUAUUUUUCUUUAUAUACUGUAGGCUCUAGUAGGUUUCGUUGGGGAUAUGGAACUUUUAUUCCUUCUUACGGCUCGAUUUUUCAUAUAUAUGACUCCAUACCUCUCAUACAGUGUCAUACCCACAUAAUACACCCUGAUACUUCCAGCAUAGUGCCUAUUACUAAACAGAUGAUUUUGAUCAUAUUACAUUUUUAUAUACACUAUGAUGUAACCAUACAUAUAUUUCAAAUAAUUUACACAAUUUUCACUGAGGAUUGCUCAAAAUCAUCACACCCUAAGCUUUUUCUAAAUACAACGCAAUAUAAUUACUACAAUUUAUUAUAAAGAUCAGCAAACACUUGCAUAUUAGAAAUAAGAGUAUUAUAUAUAUUACCGGCUAUUUCUCGGAUGCAAUAUAUUCGAGUCUCUUAUACCAGUUGUAGGUAUUAUUAUAUGUAAAAUAUAUUAUGAGUUAAUAAGAAAUUAAUUAAUGUUGAGACAUUCCAAAGUGCUCUGUACAUUUGGUACAAAAAUGUAUUGCUAAAAUUUUGUGAUAUGGUUUUAUUAUUUAGAUUAUAAUUUAAUUUAGACGUAUAUAUAGUUCAUUAUUGAUCGAGUUUUUGAUUGUGUAAGUAUUAUAGUUUACUUAAACAAAGUUUCGAGAAAGUUUUGUUUUGUUUAACUCUUUCACUCAUAGAUUAAUAUAUCAAAAGUUGACCACGCUACGAUAAAAGAUGUAUUUUUCUACGUAACUAUUUUGUAUAAUACCUGUGUAAAAUUAAUUAAACAGAUAAGUAUAAGUGUUGACAGUAUUGUGUUUCUGAUGUGAUUUAUUGAGCUUUACAAAAUAAUAUGUAUGUUUAUACUUGAUGCAAUAUUAUACAUUAAAAAUAAUUAUAUAGAUAGUUUGUACUUGUACCUACACUAAUAAGUAGAUAUUUAUUUAAUAAAUAUUUUCCUAAUUGUAGUUAUUUUCGUACAUACGUAUUGUAUACUUAAUCUGUGUUUUUAAUAAACGCGAAGUAAGGUUAUUCCAAAUUUAAAACUGUCUUCUACAGAAUUACAUGAGAGGGAGAAGUAAUUUUAAACUUGAAGUAACUUUACAUUGAGUUUAUUAAUAAGACACAAUUUGUUUAUCUGAGAAAACAGUGUUGAUGUCGCGCACGAUUGAUGAAGCAGUAUUACCGAUAUCGCCGUCUUGCUUGCACUUACAGAACUAAUAAAUAGUUGAUAAUUUCAAUGUUUUCCAUCUGGAACUGGUAGAAAUCUCGGUAAAUACAAACAUUUAUAUGAUGAAUGAUGUUUGUUUCAGAGUCUGUGUAUGAUUAUAGAUGUACAUCAUGUAUUUAUAUAUGUUAAAGUAGGCAUAUUAUCAUUUUAAAUAAGUUUAACGAAAACGUAAGGUUAAUAUUAAUGAUUUAAAACAUUUACAUUCGUUAUCCCCAGAACCUCACAAAAACAUAUGUUCUUGAUAAUUUUUAACUCGCCACAAAAAUAUCGAUUUGCGAGACCUUUUAAUUCGUCAAUUAUUAUCUAUCGUCGAUAUUAACCUUGCGUGUCAACAUAUGAAUAGGCCGCCAUCUUGGUGACGCCGGUUCUAGGCAUAGAGCCAUGUGGGGCAAGUGUGUGCUUUGGGUAACGGUGCCUAAUCCCAUGUGUUUGUAAUUAAUUGCGCACAGUUAUCCCCCUUGAGCCUACUCUACAAAUAAUACCAAUCAGAUGUUCGUUUGCAAACAGACUACUUACUGCUGUAAAGAGUAUAAAUAGUUGUCAAUAGUCAUAAGCAUACUUGUUUCUUCUACAUUUAUAGGAUUGUGUGAUGGAAUUUAUUUGUAUUUUUAAGUAUGUAUAUAAAAAUCUUAAAUUGUUAUUUAUUUAUUAUAAAUUUGACUUUAAAUAUACUUGCUUUUUGAUAGAUAAAUAGUCUAAUACAUUGUGGUGAAUCUUAAAAGAUUUACUUCAUUUUACACACUAGAGUGGUUUUUUUAAUAUAUAUUAUCAUAACGGCACACUGCUAUAUGUGUAGAAAUGAAUAGUUUCUAUUUGUACUCUUUUCUCUUGCUAAACCUAAACAUUCAUCUAUAUGUUGCGAUAGUGAUAUUCAUGUAAUCAUCAGAUUAUAAAAAACAGUCUUAGAUUAUUUAUAUAGAAUACGAAAGCUGUGAACACGUCGAAAAAAAAGUUGAGUUUCGAGUUAGUUAAACCUUCAUUUUGAGCAAUGUUCACACACUCACACAAAUCGCGAGUGUAAGACGUAGCUUGUCACGCACACUAAAGUAUUAAACCUGGCCUGUAUUAAUCGGUUGUCUAACAGCAAGAGGAACUUAUCUAGACGUAUAAAUUAUCCAAGCUAACAGCAUGAAACGUAAAUAAAUACGCAGAAGUUUGAAUGUGCGGCUGUUAAUAUUAAAGCUUUAGUGUUAAAAUGUAUUAUUUUUUAAGUAUUAUAUCAAUUAUAAAUAAUAUAUUUCUGUAAUAA